AUGGGGCGCCGGAAGGCCACGGCGGCGGGGCCGGCUCGGGGCUCCUCGAGGGCCGACCACGGCGUAAUCUCCGAAAUCCGGGAGAAACAUAAAUUGGAAUUGGAGAAUUUGACGCUGACAAAGCACCCAUUCAGGACAUUGCACUUCUUCAAUUUAGCUAUGUUGCAAUACUUGAAAAGAUCAGUAGCAUAUAUCCUGAGUAAAAGAGCUUUGUUUGUUCUCCUAAUUGUUAUGGUGGUAAUUCCUGGAGUUGCACUUCUGGUUACCGAUGGUCUGCACAAAAAGCAUGUGCAGGAGUUCCUUAAUUAUGCUAGAUUUGUGUUGUGGUGGGUUUCAUUAGGUGUGGCCUCUUCAAUCGGACUAGGUUCAGGUUUGCAUACCUUUGUGCUGUAUCUUGGGCCCCACAUUGCUCUCUUCACUAUUAAGGCUGUUCAAUGUGGCCGUGUUGAUUUGAAGACCGCUCCAUAUGAUACCAUACUGCUUAAACAGGCGCCAUCAUGGCUUGACAAGAAGUGUUCGGAAUUUGGAUCGCCCAUGUACCCUUCAUCAGAUCAUUCAGUGAUGAUCCCAGUUAUUGAUUUACUCCCUCAGGUUCAGCUGGAAGCUGUUCUUUGGGGUAUCGGGACAGCACUUGGCGAGCUCCCUCCUUAUUUUAUAUCACGAGCUGCUCGUUUGUCAGGAAGUGAGUUAGAAGCUGUCAAGGAGCUAGAUGUUGCUCCUUCGUCAGAAGAUGGUCCAAUAGCAUCCACUGUGAAUCGUACAAAACGCUGGCUGCUUUCUCACUCACAACAUCUCAACUUCUUCACUAUCUUGAUACUUGCUUCGGUUCCAAACCCUCUGUUUGACCUUGCUGGUAUUAUGUGUGGUCAAUUUGGUAUACCCUUCUGGGAAUUCUUCUUUGCAACGUUGAUCGGGAAGGCCAUCAUCAAGACUCAUAUUCAGACACUGUUUAUCAUCUCGUUAUGCAACAACCAACUCUUGUAUUUUCUGGAAAAGGAGUUGAUCUGGAUAUUUGAUCACAUACCUGGGUUUUCAGCAACCCUGCCAUCUGUAAUUGCCAAACUCCACAGUGCUAAGGAGAAGUAUUUAUCACCACCUGUGUCAGUCUCACCUUCUUCACAAAUGGAGGAUAAACAGUGGAAUUUCUCUUUUGCGUUGGUCUGGAACACUGUAGUCUGGCUUGUGCUUGUGAACUUCUUCAUUAAGAUCGUCACAUCAACAGCUCAGGAUUAUCGCAAAAGGCAGCAGGACAUAGAGAUGGAGCUCAUUACUGAUUCCUCACCCCAGAAUCAUUCUAAAACUAACUAA